ACCAGCUCGCGGUUAAUCGUUACAUCCCUAGCGAAUAUGCAAGGAAAACUCACUCCAGUUCUAAGUUUGAUCUAUUUAUAGACAAAUAUUCUGAGAGCCCACAUGUUCACGCACACCGAUCAGAAGGACUUUAAGUGUGAAAUAUGCCAGACUGCUUUUAGGACCAAGGGUUCAUUGAUCCGACACAAUCGUCGGCACACAGAUGAGCGUCCGUACCGCUGCAAUCAGUGUGGCCUGGCGUUCAGAGAGUCCGGAGCUCUAACCAGACAUCUGAAGUCUCUUACGCCUUGCACUGAGAAGAUUCACUACAGUCAGUGUAAAGAGAUACUUGUCUGCAAGGAUGGAGUUCGGAAAGAAGUUGAGCCGGCACCUCCUGAACCUGAGAAGGAGCACAUUCCUGUGGUGAGGGUUGUGGAAGCUGGUCAGGAAAUCUUCCAGAUCGAGGUGGUAGGACAAGUGCAACAGGUCGUGUCACAGCCUCAAACUGUGACUGUGGUUGAAGCCGACAAUCUAAUCUGCCAGGCCAUCAUAAACUCUGGCAUCGCGCUGGAGACCGAAGCCACCGAGGCGGCCGAGCAGGCAGAGGCCCGGUCACCUAAAGCAGUCCUGCAGGCUCCUGAGACUGACGCCAGACUCACUGAGAUCCAGGUGACGGAGGAAUGUGUGGAGACUGUGGCCGAGGAAACGCAAGAUUCGUCUGUGAAGGAAGACGAACCUGUCGAGUCAAAAUUAUACCAAUGUCCUCACUGUGAGCGCAUGUUCAAGACAUUGACCUACCUGAGGCUCCAUGUCAAAGGGCAUGUUGGUUACAAGCCGUUUAAGUGCCUAACAUGUCAGAAGGAGUUCCUGACGGGCUACGUGCUGAAGAAACACAUGGAGAUGCACGUCAGCGAGCGGCGCUACAAAUGCGGAGAGUGCGGCAAACAGUUUAAAGCCAUCGGACACGUGCGGGAACACAUGAGAGCACAUUCAGACGAGAGGCCGUACCACUGCAGCUUCUGUGACAAGAGCUACAAGACCAGGAAUGCUCUGCAGGUCCACCACCGCACUCAUGGCGAGGAAAAGCCAUACGUGUGUCCGCACUGCUCCCGUGGCUUCCGGGAAAAGAGCGCUUUGGUGCGGCACAUCCGACAACACACGGGAGAAAAGCCCUUUAAGUGCUCAAACUGCGGCCGGGGCUUUGCUGAGCAUGGCACGCUCAACCGUCACCUGCGAGCUAAAGGAGGCUGUUUUGCUGUGCAGCAGAAGGACUCUGAACCCGCGGGGAACUCUGAGGAGCAGGAGCUGUCGGCUGAGAUCGUAUCAGACGACCCUCAUGCUGUGCUGGUGGAGUUCUCCUCAGUGGUGGCCGACACUCAGGAAUACAUCAUAGGGCCACCAGCUGAGGAAGCAGCUCAAGGGGAAGAAGUGGCAAUAAUUCAAGACAAUCAGCAGCAGAUGGACCGUCACAUCAUGAAGGUGGUGCAGCAGAUCGUCAGCCAAUCGCACGGAGGCCACCAGAUCAUCGUGCGUAACAUAGCCGCAGAUGAGACCCCUGGCAUCUCGGACUGUGGAGACACCAUCACCAUCGCCACACCUGAGAGCUUGACCGAGCAGGUGGCAAUGACACUCGCAAAUGCCAUAAGCGACGGCACCAUCCUCACUACGACAACAGAGGGUGCCGUGGAGAUGCCCCACACCACAGUUACCAUGGUAACAGCUGAGAACGUUGAGACAAUGGAGCAGGAGGAGCAGUACCUCAUCGCUUCACCCGACGAAAUGGAAAUCCAGACCGUGGUAGUGGUCUAAGAUGCAGGUUCUGUUAAUUGAAUAUGUUUUGUUUGUUACAUGAACAGCCGUGUAGCAUUUCGGUUCUCUGGGAGGCCUUAAUCCACAUGUUUUGCACUGCAAGAUGGAUUCAUAACUUUUGCUUAUGGAAACUUUCAAAAGUUUGUGUUUUGGGUUUUAAACGGAUUGUUUUCAAGCUGCAGGUUAUACUAAAGAACUGAUGCCAUUUUCAGUAGACGGCAAAACCAUGUUUUUUUUCUAUAUCAGUUUUUCUCUCUGUUGCAUGGCAUAUAAUCAUAUACGACUUUCAUCAUGAAUAUGUAACAUGGCAUGUUGCCACCAAUAACAGGGCCCAUAAAACACCUGGCAGGGAACGAAAGUAUAAAACAUUAAAUAUAUUUUUAUGUACCUCUGUAUUUCUUCGUUCAAUGACCAGUUCUUAGUAAUCCAUAAUUUAUACAGUCAUCUAAGGAAUUAUUCUGGCCUCAAAAAGCACGUCAGUGUUAUUGACUGAACCUGUAAAGUAAUAUUUUGUCCCUCAGUUUGUAAAAACAAACAAAAAUCAAAUGGAAGUCUAUGGAGCAAGACUUUCUGGAGGGUUUAAAAGCAGAUUAGUAUAUGCUAAAUAUACAAAUAUAGAUGUGCUUUUUCAGUAGGACUUGCAAUGAACUUUCAGUUAUAACUUACUGACAUAAUACCUGCACAUUUUUUAUGUUAUUCUGCUGUUUUGUUGUUUACGAUCCUAACAGGAGUUCGGAUAUAUUUUUGCCCAUUGAGGCUAAUAAGCAUUUCUGAUCACUGUGGUGAUCAUAUUAAUGUGUAUAAUUCAUUUUUGAUUGAAAUCAACAGUUCAAAAGAUUGAGCUUGUGAUUGAUGCAGUGUGUGUUUCAGUCUACAAGCCCGCAUGACUUAUAUCGGCUUGAGAGUUGGCAAGCAUGAGGUUGAUGUUUUUUUCUUAUAUCCAGUGUGAAGUGAUAGAUCGAGGUGGGGGACACUUCAUUUUGGCAGAUCGGGGGCAUAAUGAAGCUCUGGUCACCUUCACUAUCUGUUCUCCCUCCCAUCAGCUCAUCAGUGCUUUGCCCCUUCAGGCCGUCACAUAUACCCAUAUAUAAU